GCCACAGCCCUUUUUUAUUUAUUUAUAAAUCUCUCAUCUUCACUUUCCCUUUCCCUCCUUCUUCCUCUCCAGCCACUCUCUGUCUCUGCAACCAUGAGAGAGUAGAUUUUUCCGGAAACCAAACACUACCCAUUUCCGAUUCAUCCUUCCUUCACCACUCCAAGCAAUAAAAAUGGUGUCUUUCGAUGAUUCCCUCUCCCACCACCACCAUCACCUCUCCAGCUCCGGCCGAUUCCCUCUCCCUCGCACGGAUUUCUACUCUCCCCUGCUCUCUCCUUCCGCCUCCACCACCAAGAUCAACCGCCAAAUCGGCCGCUCCAUGCGCACGAUCCGCUCCACUCUUUACACCGGAGAGGACAGCUGUUCCUCCUUCGCUUCCGCCGCCGCCUCGCCUGACCACGGGUUUGUGUCCGAGAACUUGACCGACUCUGUUGUGGACAUGCGCCUCGGGGAGCUCGCCGCCAGGAACUUCCUCAACUGCUCUGGCAAGUCAGAGAAAUCGUCGGCGGCGAAUUUGACCUCCUCCGCGGCGGCGGCGGAGGAGUUUUUGGAUAUCUCGCAGGCAUUCAGUGAUUUCUCCGGGUGUAGCAGCGAUAUAUCCGGGGAAUUGCAGCGAUUGGCGUGCUUGCCUUCUCCCAGACGAGGAGGGGAGGAGGAAUUGCAGCCGGAGCCGGAGCCGUGCUUCGGGUUUCUGCAGAGGGAGAGCUUCUCGACGGAGAUAAUCGAGAGUAUUUCGCCGGAGGAUCUCCAACCGACGGUCAAGAUCUGCGUGGACGGCCUUGAAUCUCCGUCAGUGGCGGUGAAGCGAUCCGCGGCGGCGAAGCUGCGUCUCCUGGCGAAGAAUCGGUCGGACAAUCGAGCAUUAAUCGGCGAAUCCGGCGCGAUUCCGGCGCUAAUUCCUCUCCUCCGGUGCAGCGAUCCGUGGACCCAGGAGAACGCCGUCACGGCGCUGUUGAAUCUCUCCCUCCACGAAGGCAACAAGGACCUAAUUACCAACGCCGGAGCCGUCAAAUCUCUGGUCUACGUGUUGAAGACAGGGACGGAAACCUCCAAGCAGAACGCAGCUUGUGCAUUGCUGAGCCUCGCAUUGGUGGAAGACAACAAAUCGUCAAUUGGAGCUUGCGGCGCAAUUCCUCCCCUGGUUGCUCUCCUAAUCAACGGAUCCACAAGGGGAAAGAAGGAUGCUUUGACGACUCUGUACAAGCUCUGCUCCAUCAAGCAGAACAAGGAGAGAGCGGUGAGUGCUGGAGCUGUGAAGCCACUGAUAAUGAUGGUGGUCGAGCAAAGUUGUGGAAUGGCUGAAAAGGCGAUGGUGAUACUGAAUAGCCUGGCGGGGAUUGAAGAAGGCAGGGAAGCUAUAGUUGAGGAAGGAGGGAUUGCUGCCCUUGUGGAAGCCAUUGAAGAUUGUUCUUCUCCUAAAGGGAAGGAGUUUGCUGUGCUGACACUGCUCCAAUUGUGCACUGCGUGCUCGACCAACCGCGGGUUGCUUGUGAGGGAAGGUGGGAUUCCUCCUCUUGUUGCAUUGUCUCAGACUGGGACUGUAAGAGCCAAGCAUAAGGCGGAGACACUGCUUGUAUUCCUGAGAGAAUCAAGAAAUGAGGCUUCAACUUCAAGUCCUUAGAAAAAAUAGAGAUGGUGGUAGCUUUUUUCUCCUCCCCCAACUAUUUUCAGAGAGGGUAGAUUAUAUCAUAUCACUGCUCACUAGCUAGACUUGUGAUCGAGGGUUGGUUUUGUUGGAUAUGUACAUAGGAGUAGUGCUUUUUGUUUCCUUUCUUUCUUGAUAUGUACAGUGUGCUCUUGUUGUAAGUUUGAAUUCUCUCCAUGAAGUAAGAAGAAGUUAGAGAGGGAAGGGAGGGUAGGAGUUGAGCAAAGAAGCCGACUUUUGUGAAAUGUAUUGACUUUCGAAGACUAGGAGGGUUUUUGAGAAGGGGGGGAUUGGGAAAAAAAAAGGUUACUAAUUUCACAUGGUAUUCUGCAGGAUGAAUACUGUGUGUAUGUCUGUUGGUGUGUGUUCAUGUAAAUCUACGGAUUUGGGUUAGUCUUCCUUAUGUUUUGAUUUGGAUGGUGACCCAAAUUUCUGUUCUUUGAAGGGUAUGUUCCCUUUGUGUAAAAGUAUAAUCAGGUUUUAGAGAUUAUAUGUAUUGCGCCUGUAUUAGGCAGUUUGGCUUGGAGCUGUACUGUGGUGGAAAUGUAUUUCACUAAUGAGUAAUGACAUAUCUGGGUUCUUCUGCUUGGGACUGUUUCCACAUUGUGGAUUAUAAUAACCAGGAGCAGGCAUGAUCCUAUGAUCCUAGUACAGAAUCGUUAUACAGACUGGAUCGGAAAGAACAGACGAUGAUCGCGCAGUAUGUUCAGAAGAUUCUGUCAUUUCGAUCGGGUUCGUUUCGAUCCAGGCAUCGGUUCUUCCUGACAUGGUUUCUUGUUGUGUUGAUGUAAUGCAGUGCAGGGACCUUCUGCACUGCGGCCAUGGUCUUCUUUCUGUUCUUUUGUGUGUUGUUUUCUGAUGAUGAACUCUUCUCCGGCCAAAACUUGAAACAGAAGUAAAGGCUUGAGGAGCAAACAAACAAAAGGUUCUUUGCUCAAUUUCUUGACCUGCCGCCAACUGGAAGGCCAAGGAUUAUCGAUUACUUUAAUGGCUGGGAGGAAAAGAUAUAAUAGUUUAUUAAAGAAAAGAAAAGUAAUGCAGAAAGGGUUCUUCUUCUUCUGGGUUUGGUGUUUGAGCCUGACCUGAAGGUUGGCUUGUGGACUGUAGUACCUUUUACUUUCAUUUGUUUGUUAUUAUAUGGUGACUAAUAUUUAUAAAUAAUUGCCUUCCUUUGAAUGGUG